AUGCUACUCUCUCCAGGUGGGGAACGUCUGGUCGCAUCGAUCAACGAUAACAUGCAUCUGCUACCUACAUCUAGGACACUGUUUGACGAGCUGACUGCUGAAGAAGUCGCUGUUCUGACCGGAAACUCACUAGACCUAAAUUACGACCCGAUGCUGACGAUGCUGGGGGAGAUCGAGAAGGAGAUCAUGGCCUGGAGGCCGACACUGCCGACGAUACUCGAAGAGGUCGAGGAGAAAAUCAUGGCAUGCCAGCCGGCAGACCGCAGUGCUGACAUAUCGCCACACGAUCUCGCGUGGAUAGAGCGAACAUUCAUGUCAGCAAGGCCACCAUUGCGAAUCGCUACUCAAAUUGACACAUCACAGGACGCUGAUAUCACCCUCUACUCACCGCCAGCAGACUGGGAAAAGUACGGGACAGCAGAAUGGUUCUACGCAUGCCCAACGCCGCAACCAAGCUCAGACGUUGCUACUCCUUCGUCAUGCUCGACAUCGUCGAUAACGCCAACGGACUACACAAAGAUCGAAAUGGACUGGUCACCUCGUGCUCUGCGAGCUGACAACAACGACUUGCCCGCCAACGACUUCGACACGUAUCCCUCACUGCCUGAGGGCUACGCCUACGCGUCAGACCUCAUGUGCUCCGCUCGUGACCAUGCACCGUGUUCGUGCGCAUCAGCAGCCCCAACACCAGAGUCAGGUGAGUUCACUGAAAUGGAUGUUGACCGCGACAUGCUCGACGACGAAGAAGAGGAAGAGAAAGAUGAUGAUCCUGGCUGGCCAAAGUGUCCCUACUGUGGCAAAGCUCAUAAUCCAUGUGGUGCUUGUUUUGAGAACAGCGAGUAA